AUGGGAACAGGAAGUUCAGGGUAUCCUGUACAACUAGCGGGUCCUUUUAGUCAUGCAAUCCUAGCAGAAAAGGAGCGACAGGAGCAGCGUGUUAUGGAGGGACAAGAAACAAAAACAGGCGCGUCAGGACAGCAGAUGAUGUUUAAUAACGAUGUUGCUACGAAAUUGGAGACAGAGACUGAUCAUUGGCGACACUCGGAUAUGCUCGCGCGUUUGGACGAGGGUGAAGAUGACUUGGCAGGAGCACUACGGGAAGCCCCAGUUGGGGUAGUCGAGUCUGUUGUUGAGACUUCUUCGGGAUCAGUACUAGACGAACCUACUACGUCGUCAAUUUUUGUAGAAGGAACAUGAAGAAGUAGGAUUACGACAGGAGAUGCAGGAGGUGUGAGAACUUCUUCACCCGAAAGUAGGGACAGCAGAGACCCUACAUGGUUUACCCCGAUCGUGCAUUUCGAUGAUCAGUUGCCACACGGAAACGCGAUCAUGGUCAAAUGGGGAUGUAUUCCCGAGACCGGAGCCAACUUUGUCGAGGUAAAAAAUGAGAUGAUGUUGAAGGUACUAUCGUCACUAACAUACUAGGUUGCAUUCCUCAAAGAUACGCUCCAUCCAUUCAAGAACCAUUUCUAUUCCGUAUUUAUCCGUAAGUGUUAUCCCGAAGUCCGCAGGUCGAAUGGAAGCAAGUGGCGGAUGCGGUGGCGCAUUUGAGACGCGAUGCCGCAUUGACUCCAGCGCUGGCCAUCCUGGAGCCAGUAUCUCAAGUGGGUUGUGAAGAUACCUCCUGAAAGAACUAGGGUAAAUGCUGCUGGUUGGUUUUUUUCCGAUAGUGUUGAUAAGGCAGUCCAACUAUAAAUUGUGAAAUUGAUAGUUACUAUUAAGUUUAAGAUCAGGUUCUCCUUAGAAGGAAGUACUUGUUGUAACUAGAAUAGGCUUAGGCUCUGCGCUGAUUCUAGGCGUUACUUGUUGCAUCUCCCAGUUGGUUGAGUAAAUGAUGAUCCACAACUACUGAUCAAUGUCGCUCCCUUGAAAAUAUCCUGGUUUUCAUUGAAGUUCAAAUGCAUGCUGUACAAUAAUGACGUUACCGCCAAGCGAAAACUAAUAAAUAACCACAACUUAUAUUCAAUAAAGCUAUAAUAGGUCGUCCCCACUAGUCGUACCUGUCCCGCUUACAACUAGCAGAUAAAUCAGGAAAAUUAGCGUUGAAAAUAUACCAUAAACGUCACAUUGAUUAUGUGUUUGAUUAUCUGUCUCAUCUGUGUUUCUUGUUUCUUGAGACGCGUUACCGAGGGACACUACGCAACUGUCUGGCGUGGAGACGACGCGAGCCCGUGUGUCGAUAGUGAUGCUAAACACGCUGUGCAUGAAAGGGUUGAUAUGCCUGCGGGGACCUCGCACUAGCAGAUUUAAACUUUCAUGGUAAGUGAUAUCGAAGGCGGGCUUUUACUGAGUAAGCAAUUAUCGACAUCGCAUGUUCCGUGAUGUGGACCACAGGGGCGCCUUUCUUUUUAGAUGUGUCGGCUGGCGG